ACACUCCAUGAUUCACGUCCCAGACAGCAAGAAGACAAUCGUUAGUGGAUUUGCUACGUACAUCGAAAAUCUACCAUGGUUUGUGGGGGAUUCUCUUGCUCGAAGAAUGCCCUCGUGGCUCUGAACGUUUUGUAUAUCAUCGUGGCAUUUAUCCUGAUUGGGGUGGCAGCAUAUGGGAAGGCAGUUGCAGUAGUGACUAGCCUGGCACUCGUGGGCAGUAUUAUAACAUGUGGUGUAGUGCUCUUAUUCAUUGCCAUUAUUGGGCUAAUAGGAGCCGUGAAGCACCAUCAAGUCAUGCUGUUCUUUUACAUGAUAAUCCUUUUCCUGUUGUUCCUGUUGCAAUUUGCCUUGGCCUGUGCGUGUUUAGCAGUGAACGAAGACCAGCAGAGGAACAUCGUCGAACGUGGCUGGAACAUGUCACCAAAUAGCAUGAUUGCUCAGGUGCAAACAAAAUUGGACUGCUGUGGGUUUCAAGAAAUUCCAAAACCUGGACUAAGUUUCGUGCCAUGUUCUGAGUCCGAGUGCUGCCAGGGCAAUAUGAACACCUAUUGCUGUAGCGGUAACACAUCUCUGCCAUGGACUGGCACUUGCGAUUGUGCAAAUUGCUGGGAUGAACUCAAACCCAAAAUUAACAAAGCCUUCAAAGCUACUGGUGGUGUUGGCCUGUUCUUCAGCUUUACUGAGAUUUUGGGGGUGUGGCUCACCGUACGUUAUCGCAACCAAAAAGACCCACGUGCUAAUCCAAGCGCAUUUUUGUAAAGCCAACUUUGUCAUGCAUCUAGUACUUGAGAUCAUUGGUGUCUGGCUGGCGAUGAGAUACAGGAACCAGAAAGACCCACGGGCCAAUCCCAGCGCUUUUUUGUGAACUGGCUUAUUACCUGUACUUCAUGUAUUUAGCAAUGCAAACAUUCUUCUCAAGACCAAGUUUCCCUGGGACAGUUCUACAUGGAUAGCUUCCCCUGCUAUGACAGGGGAUUACCUGUACUUGACAUGUACUAGUCUCUCAAAUUUCAUUUUCAUUUACAUUUUCAUGGCAUCAUUUGACUGUGUCACUUGGGUUGGUAUACCAUUUAGGAAGUGUGAAAUUGACAGAUGGCUUGUGUGGUAUUAGCCUGAAGUAUGGAGUCAGGACUUCAUUCUCAUACUUUCAUUUUCAUUUUUCAUGGUCACCUGUUCAUUGAUUGUUUAGCUUCACCAUUCAAGAUGUUGUGAGCAUUGUUAUUUAGGACUCACUGUUUAUGCAUGUAUAUACCGUGUAGAGAGGAUUUGGCCUGGUUGAGGACUACUGCGGUCUGUAAUCAGGAACAUUAUGAAAGCUUGUGAAACCAUGUUGCACAGGGACGUAAAAUAUUUAAUGUACUACUUAGCUUGGCUCUUUCUGUCUUCUAGUCCUGGUUUAAAUUUUUUUCAAAUUCCGAAAGUUUUAAAGUAUCAGUUUGGACUUGUACAGUACAUUUCUAAAAUCUAAAUCCUUUAUUAACAGCACACAAGUGGUACGUAGUUACUAGUAUCAGUAUGACUGAAUGAGAACUCUUCACUGCUUACGGAACAUAUGCCACUCUCUACACUCACUUUGCAUCACUGCCAGCUUGACCUUUGGAGCCUGUGAGAAGCACCAUUUAUGUGCUCAAGCAGACCUGUAAUCAGCAUUCAUGGUGACCAUUCAAAUCAUGUUGUGCAUAUUUUAGAUAAAUAGAAUGCAUAUGUAUCAAGUAUUAAUAGAAACAAAGGUUAAGACAGAGUUUUUGGUGUUUUCUGACAUCACCUUUUGUCUUAUCACUGUGACCUUUGCGGUCUUCAAGAUCUGAGUACAAAAUUUGCCUAUGGUGUUUUUUUUUUUGUGUUUUCUGACAUCACUUUUUGUCUUAUCACUGUGACCCUGGCGGUCUUCAAGAUCUGAGUACAAAAUUUGCCUAUGGUGUUUUUUUUUUGUGUUUUCGGACAUCACUUUUUGUCUUAUCACUGUGACCCUGGCGGUCUUCAAGAUCUGAGUACAAAAUUUGCCUAUGGUGGCAGUGAUGUAAAGCAAACGUAGAGAAAAUGUGCUGUUAAAAGGGAAAAGAAGAAAAAAAAAAAAGACAAAAUAGGAUUACAACAGAGAAUUAGCCAUGGUUAAAUGUUAUUUGGCUUUCACCAUUUAAUAGUUGGGCAUGUUUGAGAUACAAUGGUGAAGUGUGAAUCUACUCGACAUGCACGUUAGACCUUAUAUGCAAGCUGCCUAUAAUUGGUCUGGAUUGAAAACUGUACAUGUACUGUGUGGAUUGACAGGUCAUUGGGCCAUUUGUCUUUGGUAUCUAAUUUUGCUUUAAAAUGCCAUUCGUAGUUUCCAAAAUACAUUGAUGAAGAAAAUGGCAAAAGAAAGGAAUUUAUAUAGUAUGUAUGUGCAAUAAUUUUAAGUUUUUGUGGCCUGGUAUGCAAGGGCCACAGUGAUUGUCUGUUUUAGCCUAUUUGCUACUGUAACCUCCUACAUCUAUUCAGAAUGUGUUUGAUAUUGAAGGGUUUCAGAAAUGUACACGUUUGUGAAAAAUUAGCAUUUGCUAAAACUUCAGAGAUGAUAAUGGAAUGUGUGAUUCUGCUUAGAAUGUGUUAGAUUUUGAAGGGUUUCAGAAAUGUACACGUGUGUGAAAUAUUAACAUUUACUAAAACUUCAGAGAUAAUAAUGGUUUUAGACAAACAAAGCACAUACACCCCUUCAUUCCAAGAAGAAUUGUCAGGAAAAUCUUAUGGCAUGUGAAUUUUGAGUGGGGUUUCUCCAGUUUAAUUUUUAUUAUUUAUAUGUGUCAAAGGUGUAUAAACUAGAAAUGUUUCCUUAAGUGUUGUUUUGGGUGUAAAUAAUACAUUUUGUACCAAACAGGUUUGUAUGGUGGUGUAUUUAUUUUUGAACUUGAAAGAUGUUUUCAUUUGUUUGGACUCGUAAGGGAACCUGCUGAGUGAAUUAGGGGAGAUAACCAGGUUAAUGAAACCAAGCAUAAUAUAUAUUUAAUACCGAUACUCCAUGGGUUGGAGUGCAACUCACUUCUGUUUGCUGUCUUCCUAUGAAAAAGGUCUCUUGUCCAUGGUUUAUCUUGAUAUCAGACAUCUUUAGCAUGUCUGUUUAGUUAAAUGCUCUGUGUAUUUAUGUCCACACUGAUUUUUUUGAUUUGAGAUACAAGAACAUGUGGUUCUCACAGAUUAAGGAGAAUAAAUUAUUAGUCUUAGAAGUAAUUUUCUUUUAGAGAUAUCCAUCAGAAUAUAAGUGGUCUGUACAAGUAAAUUGGAUGUAUCAUCGUCAUAGGACAGAAACAUUUUUAAAUAUGAUGUAAACCCAAGCAUACAUAUGCAUAUAAACCCUGUAUACCUAAUUUAAUUUUGAAAGGGACUUUGGUCUGUUUGUAUAUGACACUAUAAGGCUAUACAUCUACAUGUAUACUUUCCUGGUGUAUUUUCUCUUAAUAUCGAUACAGAAUUGUUAUUUGAUGUUUAGACUAUGAAGAAUUGGAAAAUCAAUAUAAAUGCCAUGCGUUUUCAUGUCUGGGUACUAUACAUACUGGAAGUCACCAAUAUAAAUCUUAACUAAAUGACUAAUGUGGGAAAAUAACCAUGACAUUGCUUGUUUGAUCUGAUAUGUUUUGUUUGAUCUGGUUUUAAUUAAGUCCCAUUCUACGUUGUGUAAGAAUAUGUGUACAGAUAACCUAAAAUAAACAUU